CCCGGUUUUACAAAUGUCCGGUUCAACACGAGUUCAACUGAACUUGAGUUCAACUGAACUGAGGUUCAAUUCAUGCGUCCGUUUUACAAACACCGCUAUCGUCCGGUUCAGCUGAACCACAAAUUUCCUUAGGUUGGUAGCGCGCACCCGAGAAUCUGACAGUUGAGACCACGUUGGGAGCACGUUGGAAGUGUGUUGUUGUUGUCAUCUAUGUCAUCAUGUCACAUUAUUAUAAAUUAUUUGUGACAAAUUCUGCAAAGUAAUUAGUUUUUUGCGUUACUGGGAUGAGUAAUACACGUGCUCCGAAUUUUACAAAAUCCGAAGAAAACUUGCUCCUAUCUUUAGUAAGCAAGUAUAGAAAUAUUCUGGAGUGUAAAUUGUCCAACACUGAUGCAAAUCAAAAAAAAAAAAAAAUCAGUGUUGGAAGAAAAUUGAAGUAGAGUUCAAUUCUUUAUCUGGCCAGACCUUCCGGGAUCACAAAGUUUUGAACAAAAAGUACGACAACAUUAAGAAGAGGACAACGAAAAAAUUUGCUGACGAGAAAGCCUAUGUCGGUGGUACUGGGAGAGGGUCACAACAAAGUAUUGAGGCCACCAAUGUUGAUGUGGCUGUAAAAGAAAUUCUCGGGGCCAAACCAAUGGGGCAUAGCAGCGAAUUUGAUGGCGAUUCCGAAACAACCUCAUUCCAAAGUAACAGCGGUAUAAUCUGUCUGAUGACGAAAAUGAUGAUUGUUUUAUGCCAAAAGAUCAAACCGGAGCAAUUUCGAGAGAAGUGCCUGUUAUGGAUAAAAUAAAAAAUGGUCAAACUGGGAAUUGGGCUAAAUACUCCCCCAAAAUCUUGAAGCAAAAAAAAUUUUCAGCACUCACGCCAUAUCGUAGAGGUAAAGGAAACCAGACAAGUGAUAAUUUAGAGCAAUGUGCCGCUGCCAAAGAACUUGUCGAACUAAGUCGAAAGGAAUACAUCCAAAAGGAGCAAGAGUUUAAAUUAAAAGCCAUGAAAGAGAAACAUGAACUAGAAAUGCAAAUUAUGAGAGACAAAGCUGCACUUGAAUUAGAAGUAAUAAAGCAGAACACCAAAUGAAGAUUGAAAUAUUAAUUGCCCAAAAAUUUAAUAUUUUAAAUAAUAAAACUUAAAUAAAUAAUUACAUUACA